CACUUCCUAAAAGAUUAACACAAUGAGAACUCUGCUUUUCUUUCUCUUCAUCACCACCCUCUUCUUCUAUACCUACUCCCUCCCAAUUGCAAUACCCCAGGACCUUACCACCGCAUCCGACAACAUAGAUUUCAUCCGCACAAGCUGCAACGCUACCCUAUACCCCGACCUCUGCUACACCUCCCUUGCCGGCUAUGCCAACGCCAUCCAGCAAGACCCCGGCCGCCUUGCUCGUGCAGCCAUAAGCGUUAGCCUCAAGAAAGCCCACCACAUGGCAGAAUACGUGUCAAACCUGACGCGGGAUGCCGACUAUGGCUCAGACCCGCGUGCUGCCUCCGCUCUCCACGACUGCUUCUCCAACUUCGGUGACGCCGUGGACGAGAUCCGUGGUUCCCUGAAGCAGAUGCGGCAGGCGGUGUCUCCCGGUUCAGAAUCAUUCAGGUUCCAGAUGAGCAAUGUCCAGACGUGGAUGAGCGCCGCCUUAACGGACGAGGAGACUUGCACGGACGGGUUUGAGGAUGUUGCUGAUAGCCAGAUGAAGAGCGACGUCUGUGAUCGGUCGGAGGAGGUAAAAAAGGCGACGAGUAAUGCAUUGGCGUUGGUGAACAGUUAUGCAGAGAAGGGAGUACAGUGAUAUAUAUAUAGAUGCCUUUAAUUAAAAAGCUUUAACGAGUGAAUCACAAUUUCGGUUUCAGUGUGGACUGUGGAAGAAGAUUGUAAAUCCCUUUUAGUUGAUAACUGUGACCGAGUUUACUGAGUGAACUCUGAGUUAAUCGAACCUUUUUUUUUUUUUUUUUUUUUUUUUUUUUUUUUUUUUUUUUUGGCACUACAAACAAAUUAGUAAUUGGGAA